UGGGAGCGGAUGCCUGUCAAAUUGGGUACCCGCUCCCACUUCCGCUGCGAUCACCUAGGCGAUUGCAAGUGGAAGUUGUCCCCCCCAUAGUUUUCUGGGACACAUGACAGGUCCCAAAAGACUACAGGGCCAUUCACAAGGCGCAUCGCUUCUCGUGCAUGUGCAGUGGGCACCCGGCUGGGAAGCCGCAAGCUGUCACAGCCGGGUGCCCACACUAAAGAUGCCAGCACCAGGGAGAGAGGAUGGCGAGUGAAACCAACGGUGGUGAGGACACCG